CCCCCUCCCUGCCUCCCACGGGGGAGGUGAUGGUCCUGGCCCUAGGGAGGAAGAAACAGAGGAUGCUGAUCUGUCUCUCCAUCCUCCCCAAUCUCUUCCUGGCCUUCCUUCUCUCCUCGGACGCCCUGCUUACCUUCACCUCACCGCACCACUGCCGCCUCCCGGGACCCUUGCCUGCCCCGCAGAUCCUUAACGCCUCCCUGCCCUGGGAAAAAGGGGACAGAGUGGGGGACAGCGGGGGGCUGUCUCAGUGCAAGCAGUUUAUCAACGGUACCCAGUCCGGGGUGGAAAACUGUGAAGCUGGCUGGAACUACAACGUCACAGAAGGAUUGAGGAUUAACGUUGUUACUGAGUGGGAUUUGGUGUGUGGUCAGUACUGGCUGGUCCCAGUCGAGGAGGUGUCCUUCAUACUGGGCGUUCUGACAGGAUGCCUGGGACUGGGCUUUGCAGCUGACAGACUGGGCAGGUUGAAGACACUGCUCAUUUCGCUGACCCUCUCAGUGGUAUUUGGGGUGCUUGUGUGCGUCUCUACCUCACCCCCUUUUUUUAUUGUCAUGCGCUUUUGCCUGGCUGCUGCUAGCGCUGGUGUCUACCUCACGCUUUACAUCACACGUCUUGAACUCUGUGACCCCUCACUACGUCUGCUGGUCACCAUGGUAGCAGGACUAACUACGGUUGCUGGAGAGCUGCUGUUGCUGGGUGUUGCUCUGGGUUGCCAGUCCUGGAGGGGCUUACUUGGAACUGGGGCUGCACCGCUCUCUCUGUUCCUCACCUAUGGUAUUCCAGGGGUAUUCCCUGAGUCUCCUCGCUGGCUUCUUCUCUCUGAGAGAUCAGCUGAUCUGAAUUCCUUCAGUGAAAGAAGACAUAGAGAGAGGGAUGAAGAGAGCUUCACAGAGCUGGACUCGGAGCUAUCUCCCUCUACUCGCCCACACCUGUCCUUCCCAGAGCUCGUACACAGCAGGAACAUCUGGAAAAACAUCUGUGUGCUCGGCUUCACCUCGUUCAUUUCCCAUGGCAUUAGUCACUGUUACAGCUCGUUCCGCGGUGAUGUCAGAGGCACUGCCCCCAGCUUCUAUUGGACCUAUCUGCUGUCUGUCUGUGCGGGAGGAGGGGCCUGGCUGUUGUUAUGGGCAACCGUGAACAGGUGUGGUCGCCGUGGUAUCCUGCUCCUCGCCAUGACGAUGACAGGGCUGGCAUCUCUGAUUCUCCUCGGACUGAUGGAGUAUCUAAGUGAGGCGGCCAUCACUGUGUUCUCUGUGAUGGGUCUCUUCUCCUCCCAGGCCGCUGCCUCUCUCUGUGUCCUCUUUACAGCAGAGAUCAUGCCCACCGUCAUUAGGGGCAUUGGCGUGGGCACGGUGUUGGCCCUGGGCUGUGUUGGCCAGCUCACCUCGCCGCUCAUGGACCUGCGCAACCACUACGGCUACUUCCUUCACCACGUGGUGUACUCCUCCCUGGCUCUGCUGGCUGUGCUCUCCAUCCUGCUGCUGCCCGAGAGCAAGAGGAAACCGCUGCCCCAGACGCUGGCCGACGGGGAGCGGUACCGACGGCCCCCGCUGGGCCGGAGGAGGAGGGACAACGUGCCCCUGCUGGCCACCCCCAACCCAGAGACCUAGCACGUCACACACCAGUCAUAACGCCAGCCCAGAGUGUCAGCAGGUCGCGGAGAGGAAGAUGGAGAGGGAGAAGAGGGUCAGCUGUCUGCUGAAGAUGGUUAUGCAGAGCCCCCCCCCCACACCUUUCCCAUAAGGCCUGUGUGUCAUGAAAGGGAGCAGCUGCUUUCUGCCCAUGCUCCAGACAACCACCAUCAGAGAGCCUUUUGAUUUGUGUAGUAUGGCAUCACCCACAGCUCACAGAGGUAGAGGCAGGUAUGCUAUGGAAACUGUCCUGUAAAUACCUACAACUUAGUUUCGUUAACUUUAUGAAUUCUGGGUUAUCUGUUUAUAAAAAACAGUAGGAGUUUUGUUUCUGGAAAGGUAAUUUGUAUUGCGCAAAAGCAUGGUACUAAGCCAAGAUGAGGGCACUUUCGACUACUGCUCUUAAAGGCAUUGGGGGAAAUUACAUUGAUUGAUUGAAGAUUUUUUUUACGAGUAACGUUAUACUUAACGGUAGUUUGGGGAAACUUUGUGAACUUGCAUUAAAUAAAUACUAAUAGGCUCCCUCCUCAAA